AUGUUCUCUAAUAUUUACUCAAAAAUUAUUGGUAAUAAGAUUUAAGAAUUACUUGAAAUUAAAAAUAAUUUACAAGGUUGGAAGUUAGAAAAAUAAGGAAACAUUUUAUCUUACUUCUCAUCAAAGUAUCAUAAUAACUAAGUAAAUCUAGCAAAAUUCUAAGGUGUGAUUCCUGUAAAAUUUGAAAAUGCUGUUGAAUACUAUCAAGAUGGUUUAUAAAAUCAGUGCAGAUAGAAAAAUUGUGGUGAUUUAGAGUAUCUUGAAAAAGUAGAUGAUAACACUCUCGUGACUCUAGGUAAAUUGAGGGGAAACUUUUUGUUUGAUCCAAGAGAUUUAUUGACUGUAUAAAAUAAACAUUAAUUAAACAAAGACGAAGUGCUUAUUACAAGAUCUGAUAUUAAUUCCCAUCAUUUUUAUGUCUAAAAUCCUCAUACUAUUAGAGCAGAUACUAAAGUAUAUGGAAUUUUUUUAAAAAGAUUAGACCCUGUGAAUACAUACUUAGAAGCUUACUUUUUAUAUGAUUUAAAAGGAAGAAUUCCUGCCUUCAUUCAAACUUCAAUGAUGAAAUAUAAUUAUGAGGUUUUAUUGAAUGAUAUAGGAUAAAUGAAAUAAUUAUGA